GCUCCACCUGACAUACGAAAAAAAAAUCAAUUUGUUCAGACGUUUUCCAGACGCGUUUGUUUUUUUUUUCUGUAAUAAAAAGUUGCCAUCGAAGUUUUCCCGUGUAAAUCAGUGCGCAAGCUGUUACGUGCAUGUCGUAAAUAAUUAUUCCAGCGAAAUAGCGUUAAUAAACGCGAAAUCUGAGGUCAGAAAGCGAGUUCUUCACGGAGGCCACAAAUAGGGCGACGUUAGGGAGAAUUAACAGAAACGCAAUAGAAAACAAAGCAAAGGUAAGUUCAGGUAACAGAAAGUAAAAAAAAAACACAAAACAAAGGGAGAGAGCGGGAGUAGUAUCAUGUCCGAUGCAAUGAGUGCACCACCGCCUCUGAUACCGCAGCUGCAAGAAAUGCAGCAGCAGCAACAACAACAACAGCAGCAGCAGCAGCAGGGGGGUAAUUCCGCCGCUCUCGCCCAGCAAUGGAACUACUGGUAUGCCAACCAAAAUGCCGCCGCCUACCAGCAACAGUAUCAGCAGUACUACCAAUACUACAUGCGAUAUCAGCAGCAACAGCAGCAGCAGGUAACAUCGACCGUGAGUUCAUCGAAUGCGCCGCCAGGGUUCAGCAAUGCACUGGCUGCCCCGCCGCCACUGCCCACAGGUCCGCCGCCUCCGCCACCGCCCAAAGGCGGUCAGUCCGCUGGAGGCAACAUGAACAAGCAACAGCAGCAGCAACAACAACAGCAGCAACAAAAGAAUUUCGGGGGAAUACGUUUCAAUUUGAAUUUAAAUCAAAAGCGUUUGGCCAAUGCGCCCAAUCCCCUGCAACAGCAGCAGCAGCUCCAACAGCAGCACAACCAACAAAUACACCAACAGCAGCAGCAGCAGCAGCAACACCAACAACAGGCUUUGCAAAUGUACAACAAUAAUAACAACUUGAAUAACAACAAAAAGAAGCGCAAACGCAACAACAACAACAAGAUGAACAAGAGCUAUGAGCAAACUGCAUAUAGCAAUCCAUUUACCAAUCACACCACACCCAUAGCCCCACCACCACCCAUCAUAACCGCCGCCGAUGUAGGCGUGCCGGUCACGCCAGACUUGAGCAAACCGCCACCACCACUGCCGUUGUCCGUAGUUGCACCCACAGAGCCACCUCAGCCACAUUCUACCCAGCAUCAGCAGCAGCAGCAGCCACAUCAGCCGACGCCUCCCCAAGCACCAGCUGCAUCUGCAGCUCCAUCCGGAUCCACUUUCAAGCGUCCUAGCACCUUGCAAAUGGGUACCAAUGACUCUUGGCCGGAUUCCCUCAAUCAGUACGUUGCCCGUUGCUACUCCAAGUGCAACACGGAUUUUGACAAGGAUCAGAUUGACAUUUGUCUCAAGGGCAAGAUAAUGGCGGCUGCCAAUCGAAAUGAAUUGUGGACGCGAGAUUGGGACAACGAGGCGAUGCCGACGGUGCACAGCGAACGGGAUGGCAUCGAUGUGGUACUGAGCAAUGUCGCUCCGACGCAGCCGCAGCGUAGCAACUAUUUCCAAAAGAAGAUUGAGCAGCAGGAGAGAGAGCGUGAUCAUCGCGAGCAGCAGGAGAAGGCACCGACAGCGGGCAGCAAGGGCUCCUCGGGUAUUGUAAAUGCGUUCAAGCAGAAGGGCGGAAAUUUAUUCAACAAGGGCUCGUCCAGCUACGGUUCCCACAAUCGUCAUUCGUCGUCGUCCAGGUACUCCAGGAGUCGUUCGCGAUCGCCGGCAUCAUCGUUGAGUUCCUCAAAAUACUCGAAUAAGAAGCAGCGGUAUUCGCGUUCGCGGUCUCGUUCGCGUUCCCGCUCCCCACCCUCCCGGUCUCGGUCGCGUUCUCGCAGCAGUGAUGCCAGCAGUCCGCCGGCGCGUAAAGUUAUUCGCAAAUCGGGCUCAAAUGAUUCCUUGAAUUUCAUACCAUUGACCGCCAACCUCUCGCGAAAGCAGCAAAAAAUGCUAAUGAAGAAGGGAAAGCGGGCUGCCGCAGCAGCAGCAGCAGCAGCGGCGGCCGCCGGUGGUCAGGCGAAAAAGAAGCCACCACAUUUUUACUCUAACCAAUCGUCCGUGGGCGGAGCCGUUGAUGAUGACACAGCGCGCUUGCAACAGCGGGCGGCACGUUUCUCACAGCAGGGCUCAGGCUCGGCAAAGAAAUCUGUCGUCGCCAUUGCAAGCUCACCGUUUGGUCUCACCACGGCCAAGAAUAAAAAGAAGAUGAUGCAGCAGCAGCAGCACCAUCGCUCUGCCUUCUACGAGGACACAGGCAGCUUAGAUCUUCUCGAUUUGCAUAUUGUAGGUUCUUGUAGGGAAUUAGAAAAGUCUUUCCUGCGUCUGACCAAGGCGCCGUCGCCGUCGGAGGUGCGUCCAGUCGAGGUGCUAACCCAUUCGUUGGCCAACGUGAAGAGCAAAUGGCGUGUCAAUCACGAUUAUCACUAUGCGUGUGAUCAGCUUAAGUCCAUCAGACAGGAUUUGACUGUCCAAGGUAUUCGCGAUCAGUUUACAGUGGAAGUGUACGAGACGCAUGCCCGCAUUGCUAUGGAGAAGGGCGACCACGAAGAGUUCAACCAAUGUCAGACGCAACUGAAGAUGCUCUACGCUGAACUCGGAGGACAGAGUCCGAAUUCCUUGGAGUUUACCGCCUAUCGCAUACUGUACUACAUAUUUACAAAGAAUACCUUGGACAUAACAACUGUCCUACGUUCGAUUACGGCUGAUCAGCGCGUGACCCCAGUCAUUGCCCACGCCUUAGAGUUCCGUUCGGCCUGGUCGUUGGGCAACUAUUGUAAACUUUUUUCCCUGUACAAGUCGGCGCCGCUCAUGUCGGGCCAUAUGAUUGAGUGGUUCCUUGAACGAGAGCGCAAGUCUGCUCUGCGAGUCUUGAUUAAAUCCUAUCGUCCCAAUAUUAGCGUUAAUUAUAUUGCCAAUAUCCUGGCUUUUGAUAGUUCAGAAAAGUGCAAAGAAUGGCUCGACACCUUCAGUUUGCCUUAUGUCGCUGAUGGGGCACAAGUGGAUUGUAAAAAUGCUGCUGCCAUUGCCAUUUGAUGUGUGACUUUCACAACAAGCAGAUCAUAUUCAAACAUUUUGAUUUUAUACCUCAUAUUGCUAGAUAUCUAUAUGGCGCGGAUAUUGUCUGACUCCCUUUUUAACCAAAAUGUACAUAUAUUCUUAUAGGUUAUUUUAGUGGUCGCGUUUCCCCUGCGUUAGUUAGUUAGGAAGUGAUUAUUUGGCGAAUUUUAAGCCGAUGAUUUCCCCUCCCUAUAAAUUAUUCGCUACUACAGGACCUGUCUUCAGUGCUUCGUAUGGAUUUGCAUGCUCUACAAAAGGAAAACUCGGAUAAAAACUACAUUUGCAUCAACUUUAAUUAUGGCAAUUGGAAUAUGAAAAACGCAAACUAAAAUAUCAGCUGUGGAGCUAUUGAAAAGGAUAAAAGGAUACUAUACUACAGCUGCCAGCAUUGUGGAUAAAAGGAUCUUCUAAACAGAUAAUAUGUUCCACAUCGUUUUGGCGUUGUUCCAGCAAUUCUAUAUUCUUGUACGGCCUUCAAGUUGGAAUGACUGAUGCGGAAUACUUCGUCUUUUUGCCUCUUCUUUAGAAACUCAGCAGCCCAUAUACAUAUAUGUUCUUUUAAUCAACAAAUUCCUAUAUCUACAUAUAGGAGAUGCCUGCAAGAUACCCGAAAUACUCAUUUAAAUUGAACCAAAAAAAGUAACCUGCAACCGGAAAACACCCUCCAAUGAACCCAAGUCCAGACCUAAAGUGAAAUCGCAACAAUAAGACCAUUAAUAACAAGAACUCCACCAAACACAAAACUAACACGAAAUAAUAGACAACCAGACGAACAUCAGAUGCCAACACAAAACUCCAAGAGCCCAAGUGCUGUGUGUGCUGUUUUUCGCUGUGUGGUUAAAGCUAAACUCAUUAUACAUGCGCUCCCCCUUCAUUCAUUUCAUUUUUAAACUAGUUUUAAGAUUUAGGAUUAAUGUUUGUUGUCUUAUUUAAAUUAUUUGCAAAAAAGAUUAUACUAAUGUUCUGUCUCUCUAUUGUAUACCUGUAUAUAAACUAUAUACAAACAUCACUUCCACAACAAUCAACAACCAACUACAACUGCAACUACAACAAGAACGAGCCAGCAACAACCAUCCAGAGCCGAUUUAUCACCAACAUUGGAAGAUCAAAGGCAGAGACUACGACCCGAGGGAUGAACAACUAUCCAUCCGAUCAGCCAAAAAAGGAAGCCGAGAAAUCCCCGUCAGACUUGUGUGCGACAUUUGUAAGCUCUUCCAAUUUUAACUUGUCACUAAAUAAGCAACAAGCUGUAUACAAAAUUUAAGUCGUCGGGAUUUACCAUUAGCAAUUGGCGCUAAGAUCCUGAAUUCUCUAUAUAUUUUUUUUUAAUAGAGAGAGAGAGAAAGAGAAAGAGGAAGUUUGACCAGAAACUAAACUCUUCUUUACUAUGUAUACUAGAAAUUAGGAGGUAUCUUCCUAGGCUAAGUUUAAUUGUUAAAAUUAUUUUUAGUUUUCUUGAAUGUUGGAACAAAGUAAUGGAAAAGAAUUCAAGUCUUUAAAAGCUAAUCCAUCUUGCAAAUAUAUAUAUUCCUGCGAGAGGCCAUUAGCAUGAGAAGCGAGACCGCACCCAAAUAUCCCGCUUGAAAAACAAAUAAAUAAACAAAAGGAAA